AUGAGCUACACGUUGGACUCGCUGGGCAACCCGUCCGCCUACCGGCGGGUAACCGACACCCGCUCGAGCUUCAGCCGCGUUAGUGCCACCCCGUCCAGCGGCUUCCGCUCUCAGUCGUGGUCCCGCGGCUCACCCAGCACCGUGUCCUCCUCCUACAAGCGCAGCGCGCUUGGCCCGCGCCUCGCCUACAGUUCGGCCAUGCUCAGCUCCGCUGAGAGCAGCCUCGACUUCAGCCAGUCCUCGUCCCUGCUCAACGGCGGCUCCGGGCCAGGCGGUGACUACAAGCUCUCCCGUUCCAACGAAAAGGAGCAGCUGCAGGGGCUGAACGACCGCUUCGCGGGCUACAUCGAGAAGGUGCACUACCUGGAGCAGCAGAACAAGGAGAUCGAGGCGGAGAUCCAGGCGCUGCGGCAGAAGCAGGCCUCGCACGCCCAGCUGGGCGACGCGUACGACCAGGAGAUCCGCGAGCUGCGCGCCACACUCGAGCUGGUGAAUCACGAGAAGGCUCAGGUACAACUAGACUCGGACCACCUGGAGGAAGACAUCCACCGGCUCAAGGAGCGUUUUGAGGAAGAGGCACGGCUGCGCGACGACACCGAGGCGGCCAUCCGCGCGCUGCGCAAAGACAUCGAGGAAGCGUCGCUGGUCAAGGUGGAGCUGGACAAGAAGGUGCAGUCGCUGCAGGAUGAGGUGGCCUUCCUGCGGAGCAAUCACGAGGAGGAGGUGGCCGACCUGCUGGCCCAGAUCCAGGCGUCACACAUCACAGUGGAGCGCAAAGACUACCUGAAGACAGACAUCUCGACGGCGCUGAAGGAGAUCCGCUCGCAGCUCGAGUGCCACUCCGACCAGAAUAUGCACCAGGCCGAAGAGUGGUUUAAGUGCCGCUAUGCCAAGCUCACCGAAGCAGCCGAGCAAAACAAGGAGGCCAUCCGCUCCGCCAAGGAAGAGAUCGCCGAGUACCGGCGCCAGCUGCAGUCCAAGAGCAUCGAGCUCGAGUCAGUGCGCGGCACUAAGGAGUCCCUGGAGCGGCAGCUCAGCGACAUCGAGGAGCGCCACAACCACGACCUCAGCAGCUACCAGGACACCAUCCAGCAGUUGGAAAAUGAGCUUCGGGGCACAAAGUGGGAAAUGGCUCGUCACUUGCGAGAAUACCAGGAUCUCCUCAACGUCAAGAUGGCUCUGGACAUCGAGAUCGCUGCGUACAGGAAACUUCUGGAGGGUGAAGAGACCAGAUUUAGCACAUUUGCAGGAAGCAUCACUGGCCCGCUGUAUACACACCGACAGCCCUCAGUCACAAUAUCCAGUAAGAUUCAGAAAACCAAGGUAGAGGCUCCCAAGCUAAAGGUCCAGCACAAAUUCGUCGAGGAGAUCAUAGAAGAAACCAAAGUGGAAGAUGAGAAAUCAGAAAUGGAAGAAGCCCUGACAGCCAUUGCAGAGGAAAUGGCAGUUUCCGUGAAAGAAGAGAAGGGAGAAGAGGCAGAAGAAAAGGAAGAGGAACAAGAAGCAGAAGAAGUUGUAGCUGCCAAAAAGUCUCCCGAGAAAGCUGCUGCGCCUGAACUUAAAGGAGAGGAAGAGGGAGAAAAGGAGGAAGAAGAAGGCCAAGAGGAAGAGGAGGAGGAAGAAGAGGAGGGCGCCAAAUCAGACCAAGCGGAAGAAGGAGGAUCUGAGAAGGAAGGCUCCAGCGAGAAAGAGGAAGGCGAGCAGGAAGAAGGAGAAACGGAGGCUGAAGGUGAAGUUGAGGAAGCUGAAGCUAAGGAUGAAAAGAAAACUGAGGAAAAGGGUGAAGAAGUGGCUCCCAAGGAGGAGCUCGUGGCAGAAGCCAAAGUGGAAAAGCCAGAGAAAGCCAAGUCCCCAGUGCCCAAAUCGCCCGUGGAAGAGGCGAAACCAAAAGCAGAAGCUGGAGCCGGGAAAGGUGAACAGAAAGAGGAAGUGGUGGAAGAAAAGAAAGAAGAAGCAAAGGAAGCUCCCAAGGAAGAGAAGGUAGAGAAAAAGGAGGAGAAGCCCAAAGAAGUGCCAGAAAAGAAGAAGGCGGAAUCCCCAGUCAAGGAGGAAGUCGUGGAGGAGGUGGUCACCAAAUCCGCAAAGGUGAGCUUGGAGAAAGAGGCCAAAGAGGAGGAAAAGCCACAGCAGCAGGAGAAGGAGAAAGAGAAGGAGAAAGUGGAAGAGGGAGGGCGUGAGGAGGAAGCCUUAAAGGAAUCCAAGAAGGAAGACAUAGCCAUAAAUGGGGAGGUGGAAGGAAAGGAAGAAGAGCAGGAAACUAAGGAAAAAGGCAGUGGGGGAGAAGAGGAGAAAGGGGUUGUCACCAACGGGCUAGACGUGAGCCCAGUGGAUGAAAAGAAGGGGGGUGAUAGAAGCGAGGAAAAAGUGGUGGUGACCAAAAAGAUAGAAAAAAUCACCAGUGAGGGGGUAGAUGGUGCUACCAAAUACAUCACUAAAUCUGUAACCGUCACUCAAAAGGUCGAAGAGCAUGAAGAGACCUUUGAGGAGAAACUAGUGUCUACUAAAAAGGUAGAGAAGGUCACUUCACACGCCAUAGUAAAGGAAGUCACCCAGGGUGACUAA